AUGUCGGAUUCUUCGUCGUCCGAUGGAGAGGACAACCAGAAAUUCCUCACAAACCGAAAAAAGACAUUGACGAGAAAAAAAGCUGUUGCUGAAGCUGUUGAAAAUGAAGUGGAAGAAAUUGAAGAAGAGAAAACGUUCGCAGAGCUCGGAGUCUCACAACCACUGUGCGAUGCAUGCCUACGGCUCGGUUGGACCAAACCAUCGAAAAUUCAACAAGCAGCUCUGCCUCAUGCACUUGAAGGAAAAGAUGUAAUCGGUUUGGCAGAAACCGGAUCUGGAAAGACUGGAGCAUUUGCAAUUCCCGUUCUACAAUCACUUCUUGAUCAUCCUCAAGCAUUUUUCUGUCUCGUUCUCACGCCAACAAGAGAACUUGCAUUCCAAAUUGGCCAACAGUUUGAAGCUCUAGGAUCAGGAAUCGGACUCAUUGUUGCAGUCAUUGUCGGAGGAGUUGAUAUGGCUGCACAAGCUAUGGCUCUUGCCAGAAGACCUCACAUCAUUGUUGCCACUCCAGGACGUCUGGUUGAUCAUUUAGAGAAUACAAAAGGAUUCAACUUGAAGGCUCUCAAGUUCUUGAUCAUGGAUGAAGCCGAUCGUAUUCUCAACAUGGAUUUCGAAGUUGAGCUUGACAAAAUCCUCAAAGUCAUUCCAAAGGAACGCAGAACGUAUCUUUUCUCCGCUACAAUGACAAAGAAAGUUUCAAAAUUGGAACGCGCAUCUCUUCGAGACCCAGCUCGUGUCUCCAUUUCGACUCGUUACAAGACUGUUGAUAAUCUCAAACAACACUACAUUUUCAUUCCGAACAAGUACAAGGAGACCUAUCUCGUGUAUCUUCUCAACGAACACGCCGGAAACAGUGCUAUCGUGUUUUGUGCCACAUGUGCAACAACAAUGCAAGUUGCCGUCAUGCUUCGUCAACUCGGAAUGCAAGCCGUCCCACUUCACGGACAGAUGAGUCAGGAAAAACGUCUCGGAUCACUGAACAAAUUCAAGAGCAAAGCCCGCGAAAUCCUUGUGUGCACUGAUGUGGCAGCUCGUGGUUUGGAUAUUCCUCAUGUCGACAUGGUCAUCAAUUAUGAUAUGCCAUCACAGUCGAAGGACUAUGUUCAUCGAGUUGGAAGAACUGCUCGUGCCGGAAGAAGUGGUCUUGCCAUCACUGUUGUCACCCAGUAUGACGUGGAAGCCUAUCAGAAAAUCGAGGCGAAUUUAGGAAAGAAAUUAGACGAGUACAAAUGCGUUGAGAAUGAAGUUAUGGUGUUGGUGGAGAGAACACAGGAAGCGAUGGAAAAUGCGAAAGUUGAGAUGAAAGAAAUGGACGAGAAGCGGAAAUCAGGAAAGAAGCGAAGACAAAACGACGAUUUCGGAGAUACCGAGGAAAAUAGUGGUCGAUUCAAAAUGAGCAUUAAGAGUAUGGGCGGAGGCAAAGGAGGCGGUGGUGGAAAAAAGAAAAAGAUGAAGAAGUAG